GACACAGCCGAGCAUUUUUGAGUAAUGACUGUGGCACCAGUAUUAAUAUUGUAUUGCAUUACUUUGAUAGUCUCUCUCAGACGAUAUUGUUUCCAUUUCGCUUCCAACGUGGUUAGGUACCGUUGCCGCUCUACUCAGGAGCUACCCACCUUUGUCUCACCCUCUACUCAGGUUACUCAGUCACGUUUCUACUCUCCCUUGUUUGUAUAGCCGGAACUAUAAAGUAAGCGAGAUAAUUAACUUCAUAUACAUAGGUACAUUAGACAAGUGGGGCGCGAUGAAGGUUGCGUCCCUCAUUAGAUUGUGGGUUCUCUCGCUCGGAAGACUACCAUGUGGGUAGGAUGUGUGGAUGUGAGCGCGAACAAGAUGUGAACAGGGUGCGAAUAAGAUGGGGUCGAAGGACUGAAAGUUGCACUGCUUCACCACUCCAUCGUUUCCUCCAGAGAUAAUCUUACAAUGGCGGGCCUCGAAAACAGGCACUCCGCGACCUGUCUCGACGACCACGCUCCCACGGGCACCUCCAAUAUCACACGAGAUUCAUGGAAGGACAAUAAGAAGGGCAUCGCGAUAUGUUUCCUCAUCAACAUGGCUAUGUUCGAAUUUGGCCUGGAUCAAGGCAUGGUGAGCGGUUUCCAAGCCAUGUCCGGCUUCUUGCAUGACUUUGGCUAUCAAGACCCUCACCUGCCAGGAGGCUAUGGAAUCUCUACGACGGUGCAACAGCUCAUCACCAGCCUCGUGUCGGCCGGCAUGUUCGUUUCCACCUUUGUAUCAGGCUGGAUGAGCAACAAGAUAGGACGCAAAGGUGGCCUCUGGGUGGCCAUUUUCUUGAUGAUACUCAGUGUCACGAUUCAGAUUGCCGUCAUCAAGCCCGGAGCUCUGUACGCAGGUCGCAUUCUGCUGGGCUUCUCUAAUGGCCUCCUCCUCGUUUGUGCACAGCUGUACGUGCAAGAGACCAUCCCGUCCAACCUACGUUCCCUAGCCUAUACAUUUUAUCAAUUCUGGAUCAGCUUUGGCGCGUUGCUCGGCACGGUAAUCAACAACGAAACUUCGAAGAGGCUUGAUCGAUCAUCCUAUCGCAUACCCUUAGCCGUCCUUUACAUCCUCCCAGUACUGCUUGCCAUCGCACUCCUCUUCCUGCCCGAGACGCCACGACAUCUUGCUGCCCAUGGGAAGUACGACGAAGCAACACAGGCGCUUCGCUUCCUACGUGAUGCCGCCUACACUGAUCUCCAGAUUAGGGAGGAAAUGGCGGAGAUCAAACAUGCCAUCGAGAUUGAUGAGGAGAUCAUCAACACCAUCGGCUAUCGUGAACUGUUCCGUACAGCUUCCAUCAAGCGCACUCUGACCUCAUUGGCCUGGUAUGGCGUCUACUUCUUCAUGUUGUCUGGAGACACGCAACCUUUCCGGGACGUCGUCAUCCUUUCCUGCGUUGGUCUUGCCGGUGUUCUAGUCACCCCCCUUUUCACCGGCCAAGUGGGCAAGAGGUUGAUAUUAAUGACUGGUGGUUUAGUACAAGGGUUGUGCAUGCUCGGUAUGGCACUUUCAUACUCUAUUCGCGGCAUUGACGGGGUCAGUGGAAGGGUGAUCAUCCCCAUGUCUUGCCUUUACUUGUUUACUGCUUCAUCCACAACAUCGCCGUACUCGUGGCAGGUCGCAGGCGAAGUUCCAGCGCAACGGCUCCGUGGUCACACUCUGGGAUUCGCCUCGUCGGUAACUUACCUCUGCGGAUGGUCCAUCACAUUUACAAUCCCAUAUUUCAUCAAUCCAACGGCGUUGAAUUGGGGUGCACAAUACGCAUACAUUUGGUUCGCCAGCAACCUCCUGAUUUGCGUCUUUACCUUUUUUGUUGUGCCAGAGACGAAUAAGCGUACUCUCGAAGAGAUUGAUGAAUGCUACAUCCAAAAGAUUCCAAUCCGAAAUUUCCCACGCUACGAAUGUGUUGGCACAAUGAGCUCGCGGCUGGAAGCUGUACAAAAAUUGGAAUCGGAGCACGAGUAA